UGUAGCUAAGAAAACACUAAAAUCAAAUUGAUUAAAUAAUGGUAACAUCAGAAGCUGUUUGGCCAAGAUAAAUUAGUCAAUUAAAACCAACAUAUGAAAUGGUGGACAGCGCCAUCUAGUGCGUAGUUAUGCAAAAUUAAAGUUAAUCCGUCAAAAGAAACGGAAAAACACGAGUGUGCGUCGCCCAUGGAGUUAAUAAGUAAUAGUAACUCCAUGGCGUCGCCUCAGUAGAUAUCAGCUGAAUUAUUCGGCUAAAAUGCCCUGGCACGGGCAUACGUAGUCGUCGGUCCGCCAUUACGACGCAGCCGAAGACACGUUCGUCGUAUUUAGUUAAAUAUUUUGGUUUAUAAAUGAGUAAUAACGCUCAUGAACUAAGUAAUCGACUUCUGAAUGCGUUGGAUAACAAUUACAAUGUUGUGGACAUGCACGCCGUUAACGAAAUCAUAUCCAUUUUGGAAAAAAUCAAUAUUACAAAAGAGCUGUUGGAGACCACCAGACUUGGCAAGCACGUGAACGAGUUAAGGCGGAAGACCUCAGACCCGACUCUAGCGCGUCGCGCCAAGGUCCUAGUCAAGAGAUGGAGGGACCUUGUCAUACCUGUAGCUUCACCGGGGCACACAGGAUCAAAUCGUUCGUCAGCUGAGCGGCAGAUCCGUCGGCUUGGAGGGAACACUCCGCUGACGUCGCCUGCCCUGUCCCGGGUGGCUAGUCCGGCAUUGUCCAGUCCAAGACCGUUGUCAAGGCCAGCAUGGGGUGGAUACGAGUCGGACUCGCAGGACGUGAUCCUGGUGGACGACGAUCCUCCUCCUCCACCAGCUGUCGUACCGCACAAACCUGUCACACCACCCGUGAAAAGGCCGCCAUCCGUCGAAGCGGUAUAUGAUGAGAAAAAAGCGAAGAGAGACAAAAAACCCAAGAAAAAAAGAGUUCACAGUCGCGCCGGGUCCGGCUCGGAGACCACAGCGGAGCCGGGGUGGGGGGCGCGCAACGGGGCCGCCCCCCACCGCCGGAACGGGACCCGGCCCCCCGACCCCUACGCCGCGCUCGUGCACCGCCUGCCGCCCGCCGGGGGCAAGAAGGUGAAGACAACAAAGGAACUGCUAGAACAGAUUCAGUCACGAGGGAAACCCCUCUCCCCCGGCUCCCCGGUGGCCUCCCCGCCCGCCUCGCCUGACGUCAUGCUCAUUGAACCUGAACCGUGUCCUGUAAAGGUGAGCUCCCCGCUUCGCAACGGUUCAUCUCCGGCGCCGGCGGUGACGACCCCGGUCCCCGCCGCGCCCGUUUUCAUCUCCGAGAUGGAGGAAGAGGGCGUGGAGUGCACGUGCGGGGAGGAGCAAGAGGACGAACACUGUCCGGCGGCGAGCCGGCGGGUCCUGCAGCCGCUGCACGUGCACGCGCUGCACCACACGUACGUGCCCGGCGUCAACGGCACGCGAGCGCCCCCCCUGCCCCACCCCUUCGCGGUGCGGCCCCCCGCCAGACCUGACGACCCCGAUCUCUUUACCAGCGUCGUACCCCUGUACAAUUACUCAGAUUAUGCGGACGACUACUGUGUCAAAAACAUGUCGCGGGUUCCGAUCUGUCCGCACCUACCGUGGACGGAGUUCGCGCCUGCGCCCCCCUCGCCGCCUCCACCCCCGUCGCCCCCUCCGAUUCGUCCCUAUCCGGUAGACGAGCCGGUGGUGAAGCGGGAGCCGGAAGACCCGGAUACCGAUCCAGAGGCCGGACUCGACGACCGGCCCGACGGUAAACCUAAACCAGACUCUUCGAAGGUUGAGUCCGAGAUGGUUGGCGUCCCGAGCCUCGAGCCAAGCGAGCGGCUCAAGGCGCCGCUGCUCUCCAACGAAGAGGAGACGCAGUUCGGCAAGAACGAGCCUCACCCUCGGAUGGAAGUCGAAGAGCAGUUCGAGACUGAACCCCAGGAGCACCGCACCGUCGAGAGAACGAAAGAGGUGAAGCCGGAGAAGAAAGAGGAGACGGUGGACGGGCGGACCCUGGUGGCGCUGUGCUCCCGCGCGCUGGACAGCACGCGCUACGACUACACGCAGAUGAGCCGCGCGCCCGUGCUGGCGCUGCCGGAGCACGAGGGCGCGCUGCGGGCGGCGCUGGCGGGCGCGGCGGAGGGCGCGGCGGCGGGCGCGGCGGCGGGCGCGGUGGACGCGCUGGGCCGCCCGCCCCGCCCCGCGCAGUUCGCGGAGUGGCACGAGUGCGCCACGCUGGGCGACGUGCUGGCGCUGCCGUAUGUCGUCAUCGACUGAUCCGACCGAACCUGUGCCAAACGGUCACCGACCAAGUGCCCUUAUAUUAGUUACGUAAGCUCCCGCUCUUGUAUAUAUACACCGGUGCCGCUCGAAUAUGUAAAUACGGACUCUGUCUCGCUUCCUCCGCCCCCCCCCCCCUCUCGCUCGCACACGACGCGAACACCUGGUACUCUCCUAGGAUACGUUUUUGAAGGUGUCACCAAUUUGUAUAACGUUAAGUUUUGUGUAAUACGACAUCAACUACUGUAAGUUUGAAAGGAACCAAACUCUAAAGCUUCCUCGAGUACAAAACCGACACACGACACAUCGAACAACGUGUAACAACAACCCCGGUCGAUUUUUGUUAAUUAACAUCGAUAAUUAUGAUUACUUUAAGUAAUGAUUUACAUGACAAUAACAAAUACCACACACACAUAUAACAGUAGAUAAUAUGUAAGAAUAAAGUUUCAUAUAUACAAAUCUUCUCUGGCGUGUGUGACUGAACUCUUCGUAAAAGGUUGACCGAUUUUAGGCCUAUUCAAGUGGAAUGUUCGAGAAUGGUUUAGAAUCACAAUUCGGUCCGCUACAAAAAUGUUUCAAAAUUUUUUAUAAUAUAAAAUUCUCGUUAAAGUUAUUAUAUUAUUCAACAAUGUUACAUAUUAAAAAAUUGUAAAAAUUUUUUUUAAUGUUUCUUUUUUGUCAAUACUUAUUGGGACUUUAAAUGUAUCUUUUAUUUGCUUCACUCUUGCAUAACUUGUUUUAUAUUUAUACGGAGUGUGACUAUAGUCCGUCCGACAAGUGAUGAUAUACAACAUUGAAAUAUAUUUUUUUACGUCUUUAAAAAUACCAGCUGUAUAUAGAAUAUCGGCUUUGUACUUAUUUAUCUCUAGUUUUUGUUUCUGCGCUUUAAUACUAAAUUUAAAUUUGGAAGUGCGACUUGAAAAGUCGAAAUCCGACUUUAAAGCUCUAUUGUCGGGCUUUUUUUUCUCAUUACUGCAUAACGAGCCAUUGCUAUUCAAUUAACGUUGUCUUUUUAUACUAAAUUUUAUAUUGUACACGCUUCUACCAAUAAUGUCCCUAUAGUAUGCCUCGCUUUCGCAGGGUUGUUGUUACACGUCAAUAGGAAACUGGACAGUUCUAGUUUUGUCCGAAAACCGGCUACAUUGCGUGUGACGUCAUUUGUGGCCAAACCAAACUAUAGAUCCUUCACAAUGAUCAAUCACAUAAGACCUCGUGCGCUGUUAUCGGUUUACAGCUUGACAGGAAAAGAAAAUCCAAUAGAAUUAUUCGAUAUUAUUCAGUGGUUAAUGAUAUUAAUCGUUAAUAUCAUACAAAAUAGCGAUUGAACGAUUUUAAAAUAAGUAAUUAUGAUCUUGAUUGAUGAUUAAGCGAAACGGAAUAUGUAUGUUUGUUUGCAAUUAAGUUGUAUAUACAUAUGUUUAAGUUUGAUGUUUGAAAUGUCCCGUCACACUUAUGUGAAAAUGGUCUUUUUUUUUUUUAACGUUUUGUGAUAUCACCUUUUGUAUUUGAUGUUUUGCUUUCAAAAUGAGUUUUUCCUUUUUUGUUAACUGUACAGAUUUUUUCGAUAAAUUAACUCUGUUUGCUGUCAACUGUACUCUGAAGUCGUUAACAUAUUGAAAGCAAAGUAACAAGAUAUUUUGUAAAAAAAAAAAAUUCGACACGAAUUCAUUAUAUUGAAAUGUUAGUUUAAGAAGUGCUCUCACUCGUUAUGAUGAUUGGCAUCAUUUGAUAGACAAUCAGCAGCCUCUCGUACCCGAAUGUGAUGAAACAAAGGAAAAUAAACCUUAACGUAGUUAGUUAAAGUGUUACAAUUGUAUAUACAAAUAAUGGAUCCACGCAUACAACAUAAUGUUGCCGACGGUGAAUUAAAAGUAAAUUUAAAAAAUUUAGCUGAACUAAUUCAGUUGUUUUUGUUGACGGCACUAAACCUUUGGUACAGUAGAUUGGGGGAAUCGGGACGCUUUCCAAUUCCAACACACAUUUCAGCGGUUUUUCUUAGGUUAAUACCAAUAAAAUUGAGUUUAAAACGGUUCCAGAGGUUAAAAUUGUCAUAUACGAUGCGUUAUUAUGCAUAGUUCAUUGAUAAAUAUACACAAAAACUUAAAAAACUAGCUUGACCUGAUCCACCUUGGCUUUUGGGGUGAUUCGGGUCACGUAUGGGGACAAUAGAGUUUUUCGAUAGGGGUGGCACUGUUUAGUUGUUAGGUAGGUAGUUAGUUACCUUUAGGUAAUUAACUUUUCAAUAUCUUUAAUCAGUUACAAAGCUCUGAUGACUAAAUUAAACUACUUAGUAUUCAUAAGCACUAAAUAAAAGUCCUUUUCAAUUCAACAAAUUUAAAUCUCACAAAAGCAUCGUGACAACUCAGACUUGUCCUUAUUCUACCCCUAGUCCAUAUUCCCCCCAAUCUACGGUACGGUCAGCAGAUUCGGAAGUUCAAAUGGGAUUGUUAAGUGUCAAUCUGUAUUCACUCCACGGUGUAUUAAUGGGUGUGUUUGUCACGCACACAGCAUCGCCACCACUCGGCGAUAUUCCGAUGUGUUCGAUUUGUGUAUAAUAAUAAUAAUAAUUGAGUGUAGUUACGGACGUCGGGACGCGGGCUCGCCCACACCCUCCCCCCAACCUAUCCAGUCCCCCCGCCCCUCCGCGAGCCAGCGUUCAAGACGCGCAAAGAGAAGAUUGACCAAAAAGAAGAAAAAGAAAAUAUGUGUAUUUUUGUAAUAAAGAAACGUUAUAAUAUUAAUUGAAAAAAAAAAUGUGAUUCCUUGUAAAUAAAAAUUGAUUGAGAAUUUCUGAUUUCUUUGGUUAAUAAAUAACGAAAUAAAUGUGCGUUUACCAAGUAAAAUUAUGUUAUUAGACAUAUGAGGUUGUCAGGGCAAAAGUAGCCUAAGUUUAUCAUAGUUAGUAUGGAAGUGAUGAGGUUUGAAUCUACUCUUACACUGCUUCGUUGGCAAAAACAAUACGCGCCAAAAUAAACAUUUUUACAAAUCUGUUAUCUAUGGGUCAAACUAGGGAUAGGUCGGUUUUGCAUCAAAAUUGAUUGUUUUUAAAAUAAAUUUCAUUAUCUAAGCAAAAGAAUUUGAAAAUUUCUGCCUUAGGUCACUUUGGUGCUGACGGUCUCAUAUAUACUUAUGUAUAAAAAUGAAUGUAUUUCUAACGUUACACGGAUUGGCUCACUGAUUCACAUGCGCCGCGCCCCAAGCAAGAUUGUGCAGCUCCGCGGAGUCUGUAGGCAGUUGUUUUCUAAACACCUCACGUAUACCUGCCCACUAUCAGUGUGCUUAGUGCGAGUUUUUUAACGUUCACGAUAACGUAAAAGUUAGCCCAAUUUUGUAUGCAGUUGGAACAGCGCCCCUAGCGGCAAACGAUCCCAUUCCAUACAAAUAUGAGCCAACUUUUACGCUUUCGAGAACGUUAAAAAACUCGCACUAAGCACACUGAUGUUCGUUUAUACCACGAAGCAAAAAAGCGUUUCGUUUUGAGGGAUCAAUGAUGACCCAAAGCUUAUUGAGGCUCCGACCUCAAAUUCGUUCCGCCAGACGUCAGAAACUAUUGGACAUUGUCGUUGUCAUAGCGGUAUGUUGACGUUAUUGUGACCAAUGUUCCGCGGAGUGUGUCUUAAUACAGUUUUACGAAUGAAGGGUGCCUUUGAAAUGAUCUCGUCUGCGUGGACUGCCUUCUCAACUGAUAACGUGAAAGCGAACAUGGCAUAUCAGCGUGCUUAGUGCGAGUUUUUUAACGUUCUCGAUAGCGUAAACGUUAACUCUUUGUAUGGAGUUGCAACAGCGCUCCUAGCGGCAAACGUUCAAUUCCAUACAAAUUUGAAUUAACUUUUACGCUAUCGAGAACGUUAAAAGCUCACAUUAGGCACACUAGUGCGAGUUUUUUAAUGUUUUCGAUAGCGUAAAAGUUAGCUCAUAUUUGUAUGGAAUGGGAUCGUUUGCCUACGUUUGCCGCUAGGGGCGCUGUUCCAGCUGCAUACAAAUUUGGAUUAACUUUUACGCUAUCGAGAACGUUAAAAAACUCGCACUAAGCACUCAGAUUGUCUACACGCGCUACUCCUUGGCAUUAAACAAUUCAAAUGUUACUUUAUCACAGAAUAUUAUUUCGUAAUACAUUUUCGAUACAUUUUAGUGUUACGGUGGUUAGUUACCAGUUUGAACAAUUGUUGAAUUAUAUAUAUAUUUAAAAAAAAAUAUUGAUCUGUACGCGACUGUACGCGCUGUCUUAAGAGAAAAAUACAGGGUGCAUUUGUGUAUUUGAGAACAAAGCGAAACGAAAACACUCGGGAUUGAGAAUCGAGAGGUUCGGUCGAAUUUAAAUCAUUCGGUUUUUUUUAAACGAUUAUAUCGAGAGGUUAAAGGUUAUUCGGCUUAAGCGAAAUUUCUCUUAAUACGCGACAUUUAUCUUUGUAAUUAAAGGUCCGUUUUAUUUGGUAUUAACAUUUAUCAGCAUCAACAGUUCGAUGUUUUUAAUUGAACUUCAAUUAAGUUUACCCCAUUCAAAUAGUUGAAGUAUUUUUUUUUUGUGUAUUAUUAUAUUUUUUCCAAAUUUCAAAAUUUAAAUGGCUCUGCCGUGAAGUUGCAAAAAUUUCUCAAAUUUAAAACCUACAAGCGUAUAAUUAAUUAUUUACUGCAAUACAACAAAAUUGAGUGUUUGUUUUACAAAAAUUGUUCGAUUCCCAAUAGUGAUAAACGUCUUUAUAAACGCGCUAAAUUUCGACAACUUUGUUGAAUUUUUGUUUUUUAAUUUCAAUGACAUUUUGACGAAUUUGAUAUUGUCCCAUAAAACAAUUUGUAUAGUAUUGUAUGAUUUAAGUGAUUUAUAUCGGAGAUGAGCGUAUGAGUGCCGCGCCAAGGGACCGCUAUGUCGCAUCAGGCAAACGGAUCACGUCUAGAGAUAAGCAGUAAUCGUAUUGUUGUUUUUAGCUUUUAAUUUUGUUGUACGAUUGUUUGGGCGUUGAAGAAAAAUGUUUUUCUAUUUGUUUAGUAAAGAAUCGGGCGAAUCGUCUCUAAGACUAUAUCCGUUUUGUCAUAUCUAAAUCAAUAUCAAAUUUGAAAGUCGUUAUAAUCAUACUAUCUAGCCGAGAAACAGAGAUAUCUUAGCGUUAUUUUACGUUUUACCAGAACGUGUAAAAUCGUAAAGUACUUAAAGCGUAUUAAAAUUGUAAAAUAUUUUAUAGGUAACCCUUCUAUAACACGGUAGAUACGUUCCUACAAAGGUCCGCGUUGUGCGAAACCAUGUUAUAUGAGACUAGAAGUCGGUACAAAAACGUGGGUACUUUUGUGAAUGGAACAUCUCAACUAUGCCUCUAUGUAUGUUUUUAAUUAUUAUACAUAAACAAAUAGCUGUAAAAUUUCGCUUAUUCCCAUUAUAUUGUCUGUUCAUGGUUCCUAAUGUAAUUUUCUAAAUAAUUUUAAACAAAAAUCUCGUUAUCGUGUUGUAGAAUGACCGCGUUAUAACAGGGUUUUGGAUUAUUUUUCUUUCCGUGUUAGAGUGAAACCGUGUUAUAGGGAGUGUUAAUUGUUCAUUGAAUUUUCUUGAUACCGUAAAAUCUCUUAUCUAAAUGGUACAUUCAAGUAUGUUUUGUUUCGGAGUUCGUAAACACGCUUCGAACCUCGAAUCGAAGUGAUGAUGGGACCACGUAUGUCCCUCUAUUAGAAAUUAGGGUACAGCGUUUUGAUACACGAAAUUUAAUGAAGUGAUGUUUCGUUAAGAUCUGUGUGCUUAGUGCGAGUUUUUAACGUUUUCGAUAGCGUAAAAGUUAACUCGUAUUUGUAUGGAGCUUGGAACGUUUGCCUACGUUUGCCGCUAGAGGCGCUGUUCCAAUUGCAUACAAAUACGAGUUAACUUUUACGCUAUCGAGAAUGUUAAAAAACUCGCACUAAGUACACUGUUGAAAAGACAUGAAUAAAUUUGGCUCGCGCAGCCUCGAGUGUACAGGGUUCGUUAUUGUCGGUCACGUGUGGCAUUCCGCUGUGUGUGUGCGGUAUCAAUAAAUAGAUUUGACCAAAUUUUUUUUUAUUCAUCUUUCCGUUACAUGUUGUUUCAUUCCAUGAGAAUUGUGGAUUUAGUGAUUUGAUAAAAAAUUUUCGUCCCGAUAUGUUGUAACCAAAAGUGAUGCUAGUUGAUUUGUCGCGUGUCUGCGCGAAGGUCCGUCGUAGACGCGUCCGUAAUUACGAAUGUGAAACCAAACAAAAACAAAUGAGCGCUCUGUAAAUCACUCUACUCUUUGAAAUAUAACACAUUCGCAGUUUCGAACGAAUCUCGAUGGGUCGCGUGUGAUUGAUACUAUCUCAAUAUCUUUAAGUUUCUCGUCCGUGUGGUUGUUUCCACGUGAAAAUGUAAAGAGAAAAUGUUUGUUGGUUGUGUGUCGCUCUGAACUAUAUAGUUAGUGUAAACGCGUGUUGGUUUGUCGUUGAUGAGACAGAGGCGAAGUGUGCGCGGAGGGAGAGGCCUUAUGUACGAGGGGCGCGGGCGACGCCGGGCACUGAGCUUGUAUAGGUAUCCGCAGGCUGCCUUCAAGGACUCGAUCCGAAACUUUGGUAAAAUAUUAUAUAAAAGCGAAAUAUAUGUGUUUUUAUUACGA